AUGUCACCCGCUCUGUUGACCGCGAUUGAUUCCACGGCGCAUGUGCAUUUGAUUGUUGGCUCGAAUCCUCUCGCUGGAACCAGAUGCAACAAGUCGCUCGAAGUCGGCGCCACGCCCAUCCUCAUCGCACCCGAGAACGCGACUGUCCAUUAUGGCCUUGCGAAGAGAAUUGAAGAGGGCGCAGUACAAUGGCUCAAGAAAGAGUUUGAUGAAUCCGACUUGACAAAUCUAGGAAGAGAAGAGGUAGGGCAUGUAGUGGAUGCCGUCUUCGUGACCGCCGGCAGCAAGAGUGCAGCUAGCACAUGGAUAUCCACUUUGUGCAGGAGGUUGCGGAUACCUGUCAAUGUUGCAGAUGCGCCCAACCUGUGCACCUUCACACUCCUCUCUACACAUUCGUCAGGCCCUCUACAAAUCGGGGUGACCACUUCCGGAAAAGGAUGCAAGCUAGCCUCGCGGAUCAGGCGGGAAAUAGCUGCUGCGUUACCGCAAGACUUAGGUGUUGCUGUGGAGAGACUGGGCACAGCAAGAAGGCGUUUCUGGGAGCAGGACCAUGCAGAUGAAGGCGCGGACAUGGAAGGCGAGGAAGAAGAUGUUGGACAAACAGCAGCUUUCAACAAGCUCGUACUGCCAUCUGACGCCGAAGCAGCGAAGGCUCGGCGCAUGAGAUGGCUCUCGCAAAUCUGCGAAUACUGGCCACUGCGGAGGUUAGCAGCAAUUACAGACCACGAUGUGGAACAAGUACUGCAGGCAUACUCGAGUACAGCAGAUGACAAAGCGCCGCUCGACGCUGCUGUGUUGGAUGCUCGGAGAAGUCGAGGCCAGAUAAUACUGGCGGGAUCAGGGCCUGGUCAUCCGGACCUCUUGACCACCGCGACACUGAAAGCGAUCAGAAGCGCAGAUUUGAUUCUCGCAGAUAAGCUUGUGCCAGCUGGCGUGCUUGAGUUGGUCCCCCGACGAACACCGAUCGAGAUCGCACGCAAAUUUCCAGGCAACGCCGACCAAGCGCAAGACGAGCUGCAUCGAAUGGGCCUCGAGGCGCUCAAAGAAGGCAAGACUGUCCUUCGCUUGAAACAGGGAGAUCCGUACCUCUACGGUCGAGGAGCAGAGGAGGUGGCUUUCUUCCGAGAGCAUCACUUCGAGCCGAUAGUUCUACCUGGCAUCACAUCCGCGCUCAGUGGACCUCUCUUUGCACAGAUACCUGCGACGCAUCGCUCCGUCAGCGACCAAGUCCUCGUGUGUACUGGAACAGGUCGCAAAGGCGCUCCACCGAAUCCACCAGCGUUUUUGUCAAAUCAGACUGUUGUGUUUCUCAUGGGUCUACACCGUCUCCAAGCCCUUGUGGAAAGCCUCGUCGACCGUACAACAGCUCCCUAUCCGCCUACGACGCCAUGUGCAAUCGUUGAGCGCGCUUCUUCGCCUGAUCAGCGCGUGAUCCGCACGACAUUGCAAUCCGUCGUCGCUGCUUUCGAGGAAGAAGGCGCGAGACCGCCGGGUAUACUGGUCGUUGGAGCUUGUUGCGACGUCUUGCAAAAUGCACCGCAGAAAUGGGUCGUCGAAGAAGGCUUCCACGGUCUCGACGCACUGGAUGCGCUUGGGGAAGGCGGUCGAGGCCUUGACGGGUUACGGGAAGCUCUUGUUACGACUCCGGGGCUUGAGGAGGAUGUCAAGACGCUUGCUGCGCCUGUUACGAUAUGA